AUGAGUUUGAAAGGGGAGAGAGGCAUGAUUGAAGAAGAAUUUAAAUGGCUUUUACAAGAAGAGGUCCAUACUGUCUUGAAACAGCUGCAGGAUAUUUUGAAGGAGGCCUCUCAGCGGUUCACCCUGCCCUCCAGUGGCUCGGGAGGAGCCAUCAAGCAGGAGAACUUCGUGCUGAGCACAUCGGGCACAGACCAGGUGAAAGGUGUGUUGACACUGCAGGGAGAUGCCCUAUGUCAAGCUGAUGUUAGUCUGAAAAUGCCCAGAAAUAAUCAACUUCUGCACUUUGCAUUUCGGGAAGACAAGCAGUGGAAAUUGCAGCAGAUCCAGGAUGCUAGAAACCAUGUUAACCAAGCCAUUUACCUGCUUAUGAACAGAGAUGUAAACUACCAAUUCAAAACAGGCUCAGAGGUUCUCAAGCUGAUGGAUGCUGUGAUGUUACAGCUCUCAAGAGCCCGAAACCGACUUACCACUCCUGCCACUCUGACUCUACCAGAGAUUGCUUCCGGUGGUCUCACAAAAAUGUUCACCCCUGCGCUGCCUCCAGACGUCCUUUUGAAUUUCUAUAUUAACCUGAACAAGCUGUGUCUGACUGUCUACCAGCUCCACGUGCUGCAGCCCAGCACAACCAAGAACUUCAAGCCUGCUGGAGGGUCCAUUUUGCACAACCCUGGAGCCAUGUUUGAAUUUGGUAACCAGCGCUAUGAAGUCAGUCAUGUUCAUAAAGUGGAAUGUGUUGUCCCAUGGUUAAAUGAUGCCCUUGUCUUCUUCACAGUUUCACUGCAGCUCUGCCAGCAACUGAAGGACAAGAUCUCUGUUUUCUCCAGUUACUGCAACUACAGGCCAUAUUAAUUCUCUGCAGAGUGUCCAAGCCCUUACAGCACUUCCAAUGUCUCCGUUUGUUUUCAACGUGCCAGCUGUAUCCAGGUCAGCCUGAGGAGUGAUGUGCUUCCCAUCAUGUGGCCCUCCAUAGGGUAGGGUCACUAUAUCCAAAGAGACAACUCUAGUAGCCUUGUCUGGGACUGAUGCAUAAGCUGGGCAGAAAACAUUGCUGUGUGCUUGGCAGGAGCUUCCACCUGUCUCUGUUCUCCUGUGCACUGUGUGGCU